UUUCGAAACAAAUGAAGACCGGCGAUCGACAGCGAACAGAAAAAGAGGCAGUUACGAAGGAUGGUCAGACAGGAUCAAAGAAGCCGGGAUAUAAGAAAAAGCCUGUAAAAAAGUUGCUGUCAAAUAACACAAAAGUAAAAACGAAUAAAACAAAAAGAGUAUGGUGUGUGCAGGCUCAUAUCGGGUCAGGAGGCUUUGGUGACGUUUAUAGAGUUUAUGAUGAGCCGAAUCCAAAAAUGGAAUAUGCUAUGAAGACGGAAGUUCACGGUGCCCAGCAGCGACGUCUAAGUAUUGAAAAAAGCAUUCUGAAGGAAAUCGACACCUACACGACGACUCAUAAAAAGUCUCGACACUUUUGUGAAUUGAUUGAUUCAGGACAAACAAAAGAUUACUCGUGGAUUGUCAUGACACUUAUCGGUCCGUCAUUGGAAAGUGUCCGUCGAAUGUUGAAAAGACAAUAUACAAAAAGUUGCGUUAUCAACAUGGCUCUUCAGAUUCUUGAUGCGGUAGAGGUUAUGCAUGAAGUUGGAUUCAUACAUCGUGAUUUGAAGCCCGCCAACAUAUGUACAGGAACUCCGCCCCAAGACGAUCAUGUUCUCUAUGUGCUCGACUUCGGAAUCAGUCGAAGAGUCUUCAAAAGUUCAAAAUGCCACGAACUUCGAAACAAAAGAGAACGUGUUCCAUUCUUUGGAACUCGGAAAUUCUCGAGUCGUGCAUGUCACCAGGAAAAAGACCAAGGAAGAAAAGACGAUAUGGAGACUUAUCUCUACACGAUUCUGGAUCUCUUCCACAAUGAACGAGGACUUUCGUGGAGUAAAGACUUGGCGGAUGUGAAUAAAAUCAUCGAGAAGAAACACGCUUUGUUUGAAAAUCCAACGAAAGAACUCGAUAAGAUUAUUCCAUCCGGAAUUGAUAACAUCAUCGUCUACUUGCGAGGUUUGAAAUUCGAAGAUCCAGUUGACUAUAGACAAAUUGAGAAUGAGCUUCGCACGGCUGGAAAGAAGAUGGCACCGUCCGAUUCGAGCGAUGAAACAAUGGAUUGGACUGGAAAGUUGGAACAACUGCUGAAAGAGGCAAAUAAGAAUAAGGCUGUUGGAACACCGAAAGGAGAGGAAACUCUGUUGUAUGAACGGCUCAAGGCAAAACGUGACAGGGAUAUGACGACUGAUGCUGUCAAAACAGUGGAAAUGCGUGCAACUAUAAAUAGAGACGUGGAUGCAUCAGAGGGAAUGUUCAACGACAAAGGACUCACUACUCGAACAACCUUGGUGUCUGUUGAACUUCCUCCUCCACCUCCUCCACCUCCUCAAAAGCCACCAACCAAGCAACUCAAAAGUAGAACCAGAACUUGAACUUUUUUGCCAAUGAACCGAUUUUAGUCAUUUU